GGCCAGAAGGGGAAGUGUAAGGAGUUCCCCUCCGCCUGUCACCAGUCUCCUCAGGCCUUCGGAGUGGCUGCCCUGCGGCCCAGCCGCAACCAUGGAGCCUCAGGAGAACCCCGUCAAGGAUGGCAUCCUCUACCAGCAGCACGUCAAGUUUGGCAAGAAAUGCUGGCGGAAGGUGUGGGCACUGCUAUACGCUGGAGGCCCAUCAGGUGUGGCCCGACUGGAGAGCUGGGAGGUACGAGACUGUGGCCUAGGGCCUUCAGGAGACAGGUCUGCACGGCGUGGGGUCAUCCGCCUGGCUGAUUGUGUAUCAGUGUUGCCCGCUGAUGGUGAGAGCUGCCCUAGAGACACUGGGGCCUUCCUGCUCACCACCACCGAACGAAGCCACCUGCUGGCUGCGCAGCACCGCCAGGCCUGGAUAGGCCCCAUCUGUCAGCUGGCCUUCCCGGGCACAGGGGAAUCUGCCUCAGCAUCAGGGGAGGCUGAGUCUCCCACCAGGGGCCUUGUCUUCAUGGAGGAAAACUCCAUCUACUCCUCCUGGCAGGAAGUGGUCGAGUUCUCAGUGGUGGUGCAGAAGACAGAGGCUGCUGCCCGUUGCCAGCUGAAGGGGCCCUACCUGCUGGCGCUGGGCCAGGAUUCCAUCCAGUUGCGGGAAUCCAGCAGCCCGCAGGUCCUCUACACCUGGCCCUACCGCUUCUUGCGCAAGUUCGGCUCGGACAAGGGGGUGUUCACCUUUGAAGCCGGCAGACGCUGCGACUCCGGCGAGGGCCUUUUCGCCUUCAGCAGCCCCCGCGCCCCCGACCUCUGCGGUGCCGUGGCUGCGGCCAUCGCCCGCCAGCGGGAGCGGCUGCCUGAGCUGGCGGCCGCCCGGCCCUGCCCCUUGCCGAGGGCCAUCUCGCUGCCCUCCCUGGAGCCCCCCGGGGAGCUGCGGGAGACGCCGCCGCUCGAGCCACCCAGCAGCCGGAGGGCGCGCGAGGGGCCGGAGCCCGGGCCGCAGAGCCUGCCACCGCUGACAGGCCGCACCACUGACGACGCCGUGCUAUACGCGGUGGUGGCCAAGCGCUCCAGCGGGCCACCCGCUGCCGCCGAGCACCUCUAUGAGAACCUGGGAGCGCUGGAGGGCAACACGGAGACCAGCCCCAUCUACCACAACAGCGAAGACUUGAGCUGGCCCGGGCCCGGACCCGGACCCGGGCCCGACGACAACUUAGAAGCCCAGUACCGGCGGCUGCUAGAACUGGAGCUGAGCGAGGCCAGCGACGAGGCUGGGGGAAGUGGGCGCCAAGGAGGGCAGUCGGGCUUCAAAGCCAAGCUGGUGACUCUGCUGAGCCGCGAGCGGAGAAAGGGUCCUGUGCCAUGCGACAGGCCCUGA